CCGCCGCUACCUGUGCUCAGUCGCCGCGGGUCGCCGCUCAGGUGCGCAGUUCCGAGUGUCAGUGUUCAAUUGUUACUGUGAGUGUUCCCGGCGCUUCCCGGCAAGGACUGUGUCUGCAGGAUAACGAAACUGUAUCGCAUACUAGACCACAGUACUGUAGUCAUACGUUGACGGAUGAAGAAAUAACCGUGGUACUUCAGUAGCUAUACUAGAAACCAUCAGCCAGCACUUAAUCUCCACGUGUGGUAUGAUGACGGCGCACGCGCGGUGAUCGCGGCAUGGCGCUACGCGGGGGCAGCAGCGGGGGCCCCGGCAGCCGGGGGAGGAACUCCACGCACAGAGCGCUGGACGAGUUCGACGACCUGGCCGGGCUGCGCGAUGAGGCGGGGGGGCACACGUACGUGCUGGAGCACCUGGCCACCUUCACCGUCACCAGGGAGACCGGCAUCGUGUACCCUGCGGACGGCAUGAGGCGGCUGCUGCAGCUGGAGAAGACUAAUGGGAUAUGGAGCCAGAAGAUGCAGCUCUGCCUGGACGGGCAGUGGGUGCUGGUGAUGGACUACGAGACCGGGUCAAUAAUGGAGCGGUUCCCUGCGGCGUGGGUGCACCAGCCCACCGCAUUCACGUCCCCCGAGCCGGCUGAACUCUACAACAACGUGCUGGCGUUCGUGGUGGGGGCCCCCGGCGGCGGCGGGGGACACCCCGGGGCCCCCGGCGACGAGCCGGCCCCCCGCCGCGAGCUGCACAUCUUCCAGUGUCACGAUGUCGGCGCGCAGCAGCUUGUUGAGGAGCUCAAUGCUUUGAAGGGCGUGGGCACCGGCGGGGCGGGGGAGGGAGCGAGGGACUUCAUCAUCGAGAGGGAGAGGGAGAGGGAACGAGAGACAGACAUCGAGAGGCCGCGGAGACAGCAAAUGUCGGCGCAGCUGGGCCGCGAGCGCACGAGCGAAAGAGACGACGCAUCCUCGACCGGCUCGGAGCGGCUGUAUGAGCAAGACAUCGCGAUACUGAACCGCUGCUUCGAUGACAUAGAGAAGUUUAUAGCGAGACUGCAACACGCCGCGGCGGCGUCACGCGAGCUGGAGCGGCGUCGGCGCAGCCGUGGACCGAAGCGGGCCGCUGCUGGGGAAGGCAUGCUAGCGCUGCGCACGCGGCCACCACCGGAACGCGACUUCGUGGACGUGUUACAGAAGUUCAAACUAUCGUUCAACCUCCUGGCGCGGCUGCGCGCGCACAUCCACGACCCCAACGCUCCGGAGCUAGUUCACUUCCUGUUCACGCCGCUGGCGCUGAUAGUAGACGCGGCAGGCGACGUGGGGGACGGCCGGCUGCCGUCCAGGGUGGUGCAGCCGCUGCUGACUAGGGACGCCCUCAACCUCUUGGCGAACUGUGUCACCAGUAAAGAGACCGAACUGUGGCACUCGCUGGGUGACGCCUGGCUGAUACCCAGGGAGCAGUGGAAGACAGCGAUCCCGCCGUACCAGCCGGUGUUCAUGGACGGGUGGACACCCGACUACCAGGUGGAUGACCAACCGCUACGCAGGCCGUCGCCGCGCCGCAGCGACCCGCCACGAGCGGAGCGGGAGCGGGAGCGGGAACGGACGACGGAGCGGGCGACGGAGCGCGACGGCUACAGCUACGACCGCGAUGAACCCGAUCUGUACGGGGAACAGUACGCGCCGUAUGCCAGGAACCCACGUGCGAUAGGGCGCGAUGACUCAGGGUCGGCAGCGUCGUCACCUGACCGUGAGCCGCCAUACCGGGCCGCCGAGCGAGAGGAUGCCGACGACCUGGGCGAGGCGUGGGCGCGCGGCGUGGCGGCGCGCGGCGGCCGCGUGGUGCGCGUCACGUACCCGCGCACCGCCAACAACGACAAGGAGCUCACCGUCGUGCGCGGGGAGUACCUCGAGGUGCUGGACGACUCCCGCAAGUGGUGGAAGGCGCGCAACCGUCGCGGCGUGACGGCGCACGUGCCGCACACCAUCGUGGCGCCGGCCGCCUCCCCGCCCGCCUCGCCCUCGCCGCGCGAGCCGCACCUCUACCCCAACCCCAUCUACACGCACUACCAGGCGUUGCAGGAAGGCGGCGGGCGCGGAUCCGGCGGCAGCAGUCCUGAAGUUGCCCGGCACUCGCCCCCCGCGCCGCCGCCCCCGCCGCCGCCUCCACCACCGCCGCCCGCGGACCCACCCGUCACCAAGACUGACACCAUGAGGUCAACGAAGUCGGUGGGGUCAGCUAGCCUGACGGACGAGCUGAAGCUGGUGCUGCCGCAGCUGCAACAACGCAAGAACAAGCUCGACUUCAAGAAGACGCCAGACAUCUUCAUACACCAGAAAUCCAACCCAGACGAAGUCAGUGAGUGGCUAGAAGCUAAAGGCUUCAGUGCGACAGCGCAGAAGCAACUCCGCAUCCCGGGGCACCAGCUGUUCGCGUUAUCCCGGGGACAGCUUGAGACGGCGCUCGGCGCGGACGAGGGCAAGCGCCUGUACAGCCAGAUCCUGGUGCAACGCAACGUAUCCGGGGUGAGUCGCCUGCCGACAACCCUGGUGCCCGCGACUAGAUCCGUACAAGACAACCUCCGCAUCAGAGCUGCAGAGCAUCCUGCGCAAAGUGCGGGAGAAGGUGGAAGUAGAGGCAUGAGCGCGCACAACGAGCACAAACGCACGCAUGCGCCCUUGCGGGCUCCGCGCGUACGCGAUGACGACGACAACUCGUCUUGCUGUUGACAAACUUUGUAGAAAUAAAAAUAUUUGCUAGAUUUAUUUAGUUUUAUAUGAAAGUACUUUUUGUGAAUUUAAUUCAAAGACGUGUGCUAUCCCUUGUCUGUCUCUUGCAUUCCUGUUGAGUCCAAAGACUUUAAUUAAUUUCAACUUCUUUGAGUUUAUUGUUAUCGUUUAACAAUUACCUGAUCAAUGGCAGCAAUGUUAUCUUUAAGGCAUUGAUGUUAACUUUACAAGUUAGAGUUUGUCUUCCAUUAAAUUCGAGAUUAAAUGACAAAUAUUACAAAUUAGGUACCAAAUAUUGAUUCGUUGGGCAGAUGUUAAAUAUUAGUAUUACUUUAUUGACAUAAUAAUUUACAAGAAAUUCCUUUAUUUUAAAUUAAGUUAUUCAAUAAAUAUUAAUAAUUUGUA